UCUUGAUUGGCAUCCAGCCUCCCCUUGCGCCAGCAUCUCAAUCCCACCGGUCUCCCCACCGCUCAACUUCAAUUCAAGAUGUCUUUCCAGAAGCCCGAGAAGGAUUUCGGCGAGGGCCCUAAGGUCCACAAGAUCCGUAUCACCCUUACCUCUCGCAAGGUCGCCGCCCUCGAGAAGGUGUGCUCGGAGCUGAUCGACCGCGCUCGCUCCAAGUCCCUCCAGGUCAAGGGUCCCGUCCGUCUUCCCACCAAGACCCUUCACAUCUCCACCCGUAAGACCCCCAACGGUGAGGGUUCCAAGACCUGGGACAAGUACGAGAUGCGCAUCCACAAGCGUCUCAUCGACCUCCUCGCCCCCACCGAGACCGUCAAGCAGAUCAUCAUCAACAUCGAGGCCGGUGUUGAGGUUGAGGUCACCAUUGCUGCUUAAACACUGUUCCUGUCACAUGGAACGGUGUCUGGCGCGGCGCGGACGAUGAACGGGUUGGUUUCUGGUCUGAUCGUUGUGGUGGUGGAGGAUUCUGCUGCUGCUGGGCUGGGGCGAGAUCGUCGUCGAUACGCGUUAGUGCUGGGUGCAAAAAUGAAAAAUAUUAAAAAGCAGUAAAAAGCUGGAUUGCUCUAUCUAUCUCUGUUUGCGUCUUUAUCGUAGUGUUUGUGUGUACGAUGUAGAAGUGUGGUAUCUAUUCUUAGUGGUGGUAGUCUUAAUCAAU